UCUUUAAAAUAUGAUAAAAUUCCAAAUUUGAAUGUUCCAAUCCUUCAUCGAUCAGAUAUGUAUGGAGUAAUGACUAUCCCUUCCAUCCCUCCUAAAAUUGUCAUAGUUUAAUUUAUUUUGCACAUUUAUAUUAACAUCACAAGGCCAGGUAGAGCCUAGAUUUAUAUAAGAAUUGCGUUGUACUCAGUAUUGCAAUAAUAGUAUUGUAAUGUACACAUUAAAAAGAAGCAAAACAGCUAUGCAAAUAACUCAACAAAGGCAACCAUCAAAAUACGUUUAGACUUUACUGUUAUGGUCGACAUAAGCCCAUCAAAAAUUUGCAAAGAAUUCACUUAGAAAAAAAGUUUUACAAGCUGAUUGUAUAGGUUUGCCUGUAAACUCUAUCAUUUUUGGUAAUAGUGACCACCUUCCAACCAAGACAGUAAGUCAAUUUUUUAUACAUUCUGUUAAGUUUUAGAAUAAUUGUUUAGAUAUCUAGAAGAUCUAUAGCUUGCGUGGGGAUCUAACAAGAUAUUCUAAACAAAGAAACAUUGUUUUUGCAUCUCAGUUCAGCUUAGCCGAUAUAUUUGACUGUCUAUUAUUAAUUUUGCAUGUAAAAAUGAACUUAUUAUAUAUAUUAAUAUCAUUUGCCAUGGUGAACGUUUUGGUAGCUACAGAUAAUUAUGUAGAGCAGGUUAUCAAGUUGAACCAACAGAUUGGCGUUGUAGAAGGUUCUUUGCCGUUUGUUAUUACCGGCGCUGUUCUUUCCAAAGACUUUAAUAUGGUGGAACUAGCUGUAAUGUUUGCAAUACCGGACGCCCAAGACAAAGACGUGGAAGGUUACUUAAAGCGACCGAAAAUCGACUACCAAAGAAUUGCGCUUGAAAAAAUAAACGCUUUUGCAUCACCCCGUGCAGAUAAAAUACCAAAAGGCCACUCUGAAGACGCUAAACUAACAGAUCUGGCCGAUGCAAGGAGAGACCUGACUAUAAAGUCUAUGAAAACUUUAAUCUGUGGUGUAUUAGACGGGGAUAAUCAAAAUUUCACAGAUUUUCGUGGUAUUUGCCGUUUAUUAGCAUUAUACAGAAGCGUUAAACACCCAGAAUCAUUUAUAGUGGCUGCUGAUGUCGACGAGGAUGAAAAUUGCAUCGUAGUAGAUAAAAACGGGAUUUCCACCAAAUACUAUUACAUUGCAGACGAAAUUUGGGAGUUUAUCGCCGACGGCACUUCUUUUCGCGGUAGGUUACUUUCCAAUCAAAUGAAGGAAGAGACAACAAAGUUAAAGAAUCAUAUAAGGGCAUAACUUUUUUUAAAGUACUAUUAUUAUUGUUAUUAUUAUAUUUUUGCGUACCUUGCAAUAAAAAAGUUUUCAAUAAAUUUCAUGUAUUCAAAAAUAAACAACU